GAAAUAUAGCGUUAUAUACAUUACUUUUUUAGCUGAUUUUGUAGUACUGUGUCAUUCUAAUAAUGAAAUAAAGUUCAAAUGUUUAGUAUUUACGAUUGCGUUCACGUUUUAUACGCGGCUCUCGCGCUGCCCCUUUAAGAAAUACUCUCCAGCUGUUCCCGCGCGUUCUCGCGGCUCUUCGGCGCCUGGCAACGCGCACGCGGUGUCCUCAUACGGACCAAUGGGAUCAACGCUAACGAUCAAUUCCGGCCAAUCAGAGCCCAGGGUUAGUGCGCACGUUUGAAAAUCGGCUCGCUUGUUUCUCGCCUGUUUGUUUCUCAACACAAACAAGAAACUGUAACGUUUUUAAAACUAAAACGUAUACGAAACAAUACGAGACACCGGAAGUUGAAGCACAGAGAGCGAGAAGUGAAUGCUUGACGUGUGGAGCUGCUGCGUGCACGAUGCCGUCCAAAACAGAGGACUACGAGGUGAUGCUCACCAUAGGAUGCGGAUCUUAUGGGAAAUGCCAGAAAAUAAGGAGGAAAUCAGAUGGAAAGAUUCUGGUUUGGAAGGUGCUGGACUACGGCACCAUGGCCGAGGUCGAGAAACAGAUGCUGGUGUCAGAGGUCAAUUUGCUCCGUGAGCUGAAACACCCAAAUAUCGUCAGAUACCACGACAGAAUCAUUGACAGGACGAACACAACAUUAUAUAUAGUGAUGGAGUACUGUGAAGGGGGAGACCUCGCCAGUCUCAUCAACAGAUGCAUCAAAGACAGACGAUGCAUGGAGGAAGAAUUCGUACUGCGUGUGAUGGCACAGUUGUCCCUGGCUUUAAAAGAGUGCCAUGGAAGAAGUAACGGCAGCAGUACAGUGCUUCACCGUGACCUCAAACCCGCAAACAUCUUUUUGGAUGUUAAACAAAAUGUAAAGCUUGGCGAUUUUGGUUUAGCUCGGAUACUGAACCAUGAUACAAGCUUUGCUAAAACAUUUGUUGGAACUCCAUAUUACAUGUCGCCUGAACAAAUUAAUCGCAUGUCUUACAAUGAAAAAUCCGAUAUAUGGUCUUUGGGGUGUUUACUCUAUGAACUAUGUGCUUUAUCUCCCCCAUUUACAGCAUACAACCAAACAGAACUGGCUGGAAAAAUCAGAGAAGGGAAGUUCAGAAGAAUCCCAUACAGAUACUCGGAUAACCUCAAUACACUUCUGUCAAAAAUGCUCAACUUAAAGGACUACCUGAGGCCCUCGGUGGAGUCCAUUCUGCAGAACGGCCUGAUCUCGGGUUAUGUAGCCCAGGAGCAGAAGAGGCUUCAGGAGAGACAGCGGCGCAGAUCAGUAGACAUAGAGCAGCCCAAACAUCCAGAGCCGUCGCUUGUGGCAGAGCUGCGGCUGAAGGAGCAGAUUCUACGCGAGCGAGAACAGACCCUCAAAGAGCGAGAGCAGCGACUAGAGCAACGGGAACAGGAACUGUGCGUUCGAGAGCAGCAAUCCAAUGAAAAGCUGGCCAGAGCUGAGAGUUUGUUGAAGGCAUAUAAUUUGAUCCGGCAGCAGAGGGCACUGUCUCUACUCAGCGCCAGUGACACAGAGAACGAAGAGAACCUCUCCCCGGGAAAGAAGAGGGUUCACUUUGCAGGAGAUGGCAAGGAGAACGGCAGACCUGAAAACAGACUGAUCACUAAACCCCAAGAACACUGUCUUGUAAAGAGGCAUCAGUGGGCUAACGUGCGUAUCCCGGCACUUGGUGAAGAAGAAAAGAUUAAUUCACCAAAGCCCAGAGAGAUGCAGGGCAUCCGCUAACCAUUGAAGCACAAUGUGAUACUGAUAGUGGUGCAUUAGUCUGAUCAAGUCAAGUUUUUGUACAUUAGGAAAUAAGAUUUCUGUUUUUAUUUAUUUGCUGCAUCCUACAGUAGAGUGGAGCAACACUUGAUUUUUGGUCAUCACACUGGAUUAUUUCAUCAAAGAUAAUGUCUUGUAUUCUUCUCAUUUUAUGGAUGUUUUAUUACUGUGAUUAAUGUUUUAUUGCAAUAAAGCGUUGAUAAUA